GCGGCCGGUACCGAGGGCGCUCGCUGCCCGCCCAGCCCGGUCGCCCCCGCCGCUCCGCCCGCCUCAGCGGGGCGGUCCCCGGCGAGGAGAUGGCGGACGAGGCGCAGGGCGCCUGGAGCGAGGCGGCGGUGGAUCAUUUCCUGAGGCGGCGGCGCAUCGCAGCGAGGGACGGGGCGGCCAUCAGGUGGUUCCACGCCGCCAACAGCAAGGCCCGGGCCGGGGAGGCCGCCAGAAGUGAUGUUCACAUGAUAGAAGCAGAUGUUCUUCUUCGUGGUGGCUUGGGAGGAAAUGGAGACCCUAUCAUGGCUCAUCCACCUGAAACAGACAGUGACAUCACAUUGCAGGAGUGGCUACAGGAGAUUGUCAGCACAAAUAAAGGCAUCAAGCUGGAUUUUAAGAGUCUAGAAGCCGUACGACCUUCCUUGGAGCUUCUUGAUGAGGUGAAGCAGCAUUUGAGGCGACCCGUUUGGAUCAACGCAGACAUCCUGCUGGGACCUAAUGGAAAGAGUGCUGUGGUGGAUGCAGAAGGGUUCCUCAACACUGUCACUUCAUUUUUCCCAGAUGUCACCUUAUCUCUGGGGUGGACAACUGGCUGGCACCCUGGCAAACACAAUGAAGGCUAUGAUUUGGUGAUGGUGAAAGAAAUGGCUCAGAUCUGCAGUGCCCUUUCCCAGCCUGUGACUUUCCCUGUCAGAGCCGCGUUAGUUCGACAGUCAAUAUCUGAGCUGUGCUGGUUAAUGCAGCAGUCGGACAGGUACAGCCUCACUGUUUGGACAGGAAAGGAAGAUGUGUAUGCUGUAGAAGAUUUGGUUUACAUCAGAGAAAACUUUGAUAAAAGUAGGGUUUAUUAUGACAUCUUGGAGCCACAAAAUUCUGAAUUCAAAAAAGCCAUAAGAAUAGAACAGUAAAUACAAAGCAGGCAAUCUCUGACCUUAUGAUACUUAGCCUCUUUAAAAGUGAAAAUUUCUGGUUCAGGGAAAUACAUUUUCCUUCCCAAAAGAAUUGUAUAGAACACAGCUGUGGGUAUUGGAGGAGUUUUUAUAUAACACUUGCAUUGAAAGGCUCACAAGUAGAAAUUUAAUGCCUUUUUUAAUAGGUCAGAAUUGCUGCUUACUCAUCCUGUGCUCGUUCCCUCUCAUUGACCCAGGGGCAUGUAGUAAAGGCUACUCACUUUGCCUAAAUACACUGUACUUCUUCCCUGAAAGCAUCCAAAGGGGAGAAUGGUCCCAGCUGGUAAUUGUGGACCAAGGUAGUUUGCUACUAACUGCUUUUGUGUAAGCCACAGUCUGUGGGACACUCAAUCUCUGCCAAAGCCCACUUUUGCUUUUUAUAGGGGAGGACAAGAGUCUAGACCGAAUUAAGUACAGAACUGUGCACUUCCCAAAGGGUUUUGGUUUUUUGGUAGCUUAUUUUGAUUGAUGCUGCGUUUUUAAUGCCACUGCAAUUGAUAAUGUUCUCAGUCCUGGUCAAUAGAAGAGUGAUGCUACAUGUUCCAGGGAGAAAGAAUGAUUAUUUUUACUGAAUUAAAAUUAAUCAAGUUCUCUGCAAUGUGGCAGUUGUGCAUCUCACACCAUGGCUUGCCUCUGUGCUUUCUGAGUCAUCAGCAACACAGUCCUGGGAUUCUGAGGAGACUGAGGUGGAGUUGUAGCUGCGUGGCAGGAGGUGCUGGGGCAAGCAGAAGCCCCAAAAUGAAGAAAAAUCCUGUCCUGUACAUAGAGAGCCCAGAGAUGGAUUGCAGUGAGGUACACAUCAGAGACAACAUCAGAAGAGCUGUAGUGCUUUGAAAGAGAGAUUCAAACUUUAAAGAGUUUGAAACUAAAUUUGAGGAAUCACAGGAGUUACUGUUAAAAUGUUCUGCUGCAGUCUUUCUGAAAGCUGGAGGCUCUAAGAAUUAAAUAGCUGUACAGUGAUGAGUGCUAGCAGCAAAAAUUGUACAUUUCUGUGAUGCAACAGUUGUUUUCUCCAUUCUCCCGGUUUGAGCAUCUUUUAAUUCACAGAAUACAAUUUCACAAAUUUUCAAAAGUUGGAGUUCGCUUUGAGAAAUCUAAAAUCAUUGCAACCCUGCUUAUCACCUGCAGGAAGAGUCCAACCCAUUUCAUUUUAAGCAUUUUUUGCUUCUUUUGCUUCUGCAUCUUUAAUAAAAAUCUUGACAUCUGUGCAGAUUGAGACACCAGCUGUGGGUUGUUGCCUUCUGCCAAAUGUUACAAAGGGGUUUUUUUCACAAUGACAGGAGAUUUUGAUUUCUAACCGAAAGCUGGUUCUGUGAAGGGACAUACCCCUGCCAUCGUCUUGUCCUCCUUUUUCCAUUCCUCUCACAUGCUUCCUGCAGGAAUUGUGUUAACUUUGAAGUUUUACACAACACUGUCCAGGCUGUUAGUAAUAAAGACUUAACCACAGCAAAUUUUGAUUUCUUACACAGCAUUAGUAUACAACUAUGAUAGAAAAGUUGGUCAUAUUAUAUAUAUUUAACAUAUAUCAAUCAUAAAUCUUGAAAUAUGGUGAUUUCACGCAGUCAUUAAAAUUCAGGAUUCCUGGUUAUUACCUACGCACCUUUGCCAGGUUUAUCUAAUUCUUGGGUUAGGUUCUUGAGGGGUAGAGCUUUGAUCAUUUUUGUCAUCUGCUAAGAUACAAUAGGCUUUGAUAAAAUUAGGAAUUUUUUUUCUAAAUAAGGAAAAAAAACUUACCUACUUGUAUUUAAUUUAUACAAGCAGUCAGUGUGAAUGGUGGUAACCACCAAAAUGUCAAGUUGGCAGAGUCAUUCCUUUUAAUGAACUGGCAGAACUGAUGUAAUUUUUAGUUCACUGUGACAACCUGGUCUGACUUGAACAGAUUUAAUCUCUCCAUUCUUCAGAGCAUCUCUUUCUUUGAGCUUUGUGUGCACACUUUGCUAUACCAUGGGAGGAAGAGAGCGGAACUAUUUCUAAACUGAGCAUAACUAUGGAAAACAUUGUACUUCAAAGACCUUUUUCUAAACCAAACCAUUUUGACUAAAACAGGUUCAGGAGGUGCUGGGUGAGCAGGUGUGCAGAUAUCGCUGGUCAUUCAGCAGCAGCAAUACUUUAUAGCCCUUCAUUUAUUUUUAAUAGAUUAAAGUCAAGAAUAUCUCAUUGUCCUUUUGUUCCACCAUUUAUGUAAGCGUUAAGGACUAGAAUGGACUCCUAGAUCUUGUUUCAGCUCCUUGUUGCAGGCAGUUAAAUUUAUUGACUUAAGGGGUUUCCUGUUUCAGUUGGCUAGGGUUUUUUGUAUCUACAAUGGCAAACUUUUCUGUUAUUUAGAAACCUUUUUCCCAUUUAUCAAUUGCCACCUAAAGUAUUGGGACUUGUUAAAACUGGUUAAACUAUUAAGUAAAAAAUACCAGUAAUUGUCAGAAGUGUUCUUACGGGUGCAGGCAUCAUGGAAGAAGUGUCAGUGAGUAAUAAAUGUGGUAUGAAUAAAUGGGGAUAUUCUGAUGUAAUUAAGACAUGAUCUGGAUUACCAGAAAAAUUAAUUAAGGCAACAAGACACGUAAAACUAGAUUAAACAAAAUACUAGAAAUUAAUUAUAUGAAGCACUCCUGCAGUGACAGAAGGCUUUGACUGUAUGGUGAAUUUGACAAUUCUGUAUGGAUUAUCCUAUGUAUCUGAAUUCCUGUAUGUGUUUUUUACCUAUGGAUCUCCAUUAGUUUCCUGUGAAGUCAUUUAUGUUCCCUAUGUCAGUCUGGUCUGACUUGCAUGUAAAUAAAUUCAUUUGAAUUUGUUUAUCUUUGUUUUCAUAAGAAUCUUCGUACAAACACUCUCCUAAAAUAAGAUGUAUUAACUGUGGGGCUGGCAAUAAAUAAAGGUGAGAAGAAAGACGGUUAUUUAUUCUGUUGGAAAUGGGGCUGGGUGGCAGGUCUGUGUUACUCCAGUUGUUGCUUUUUUUUUUUUAACCUUCUGUCAGUGAUGUUCUUUGUAUUUAAAAUGAUUACGAGCUAUAAAUUGUCACCUCCUUGUGGAAUCAUUUUGUCUAUCAGCAUUGCUUCAUGUCUGUUGUUAUCUUUCAGGCAGGUUUUUGGACUUAAUUGUUACAUGAAAAAUCUGAUUGACUUUAAACGAAUUCGGUAUUGUUCAGGGUGACCAGGUGAGUUAACUGAUUAAUAAAACAUCUCCAAUUUACUGCAAGUGUA